UGCGUGGACUAGCUAUGCUGCCUGCUGACAAGAAACCUGCUGAAAUCCGCAAGGCUAAUGCGGAGAAGAAGCUUGCUGCCCAGGCAGCGAAAAAUAAGGAUGGGAGCAAGGUGCCCCAUUCCAUUUCCAAAUUAAUAAGGCCUCGGCCUGGAGAGGAGCCGCCUAUCCACAAUAAGGCUAGGAAGACCUCCUCCUCGACAGUACCCAGCCGUUUGACGGUUGGGGGUAAAUCUGUCAAAAACCUCGGCCUGGGGUUUGAUCUAACGACGAGGCAGCCAGAUGUUCCUGAGAAGGAGACGGCGCCGCCUAGGGCAUCCGGCGCUUCUGAACCGGCUGAGGGCAGUUGCGACCCUCUGCCUACAUCCCAAGGUAUUAUUGACCCCUUCAACCCUUCUUUGCUUGGCAAGCCUAUGCGGGUCAAGUCGCACUCCCAGCUCCAGCCAGAAGACUCUUCUGGCAGCCGGCAGCCGAUAGGAGGGAAGAAUGUUGCCUUCUCACCAUCUUUUUCUGGUGCAGAUCACUUCCCUCGCUGGCCGGAUGUACAGAGGUACGCUCGGGCCAUACUGAAGGCCGUACCCAAAGAAGAGAAAGAGGCGAUCCCAGGGAUCCACACCUUCAAUGCCGACCAGGUUCUGGCCGGACUGUCUAAGUCAAUGCUGCGCGUGGAGGGGCUCAAGAAAGCCUACGCUCGCAAGUGUGAGGAGGUAAGACUGGCUAAACGGGAUGCGUCUGACGCCCAUAACGUUGCCCAGUAUUCCAUGAUUAUGCAUGAAUUAAAAACUAAAAGCAUAAUCAUGCAACAGGCGGACUCCAUCAAAACCCUCCAAAAAUCUCUCGAUGAGGCCCACACCAAGAUUUUCAACAUACAGGCGGCCAAAGAGAAUGCUGAGGCGGAGUUGAAGAAGGUGACCGACUCUUCCAAACUUCUAGAGGUGGCCAGGAAGGAGAAUACAAAUCUCCUAGCCGAUAACGUCCGUUUGAAGGAGGCGGCAGCCAAGGCCAGCAACAAUUUCAAGGCUACGUUGGAGGCUGAACAGAGUCGGCUCAUUGAAGAGAAUGAGCAAGACUGCGUCGCUCGAAUGCAAAAGGCUUGGUCCCUGGUUCAUCCGGACACGGAGUACACCGUCUGGGAACUUGCCUACAAAUACGCUGAUCUUGCCAUUGAGGCCGAGGAAUCGCAGCAGCCGGCUCCAGAGCCUUAUGAGGAGUGGGUCCAGAAGCAAAUCGAGGCCAUGCAAGCGGAGAUCGACUCAUAAGGGGGAGAGAAACAA